UCCCUUUCUCUCCCCCGCCUUCUCUGCAGGCAGCCCCCCGGCGAGUUGGACAUGGCUCUCAGCGGCGCGCUGCUCCCCUCCAUCGCGACCUUCGCCGCGGGCCCGGCGGGCAGGGACAGAGCCCUGAGGCAGGCAGGUGCCAGCAACCGCUGGAGGGAGGAGCUGUCCCAUCUCAAGCGGCUCCCGCCCGGGCUGACGGGGCGGCCCUACGAGCUGCCGGCCGAGCUGGAGACCCAGGCGAGCAGCGGCAGCCGCGGGGCCAGCCCGGCGCUCAUGGCCCGCAGGGAGGCGGAGGAGCUCAACGAGCUGCUGGACUUCGACUUCAUCCUCUCCAACUCGCUCAUCCACCAGGAGCCGGCGGCCGCGGUGGUCUCCGCCGCCUCGCCCCCGGCCAGCGCCUGCCCCUCGGCGCCCGCCGCCAGCGCCUGCCACUUCACCUACCCGCUGCAGAGGGGGGAGCCCGGCCUCCUGUACGGCGCCGCCCGGGAGCCCGCCUCCGCCGCCCCCUUCAACCUGGCCGACAUCAACGACGUGUCCCCGUCCGGUGGAUUUGUAGCCGAGCUGAUGAGGCCGGAUUUGGACCCGGUUUACAUGCAGCAGCAGCAGCAGCAGCAGUCGCCUCUGGGCAGCCUGCACGGGAAAUUUGUUGUGAAAGCCACGGUGAACAUGGGGGAAUAUAACCACAUCAGUGUUAGCGGCAAGAACAACCCGGCUGCUGCCUGCACGGACAGCCCCGGCGCCCCUUACGGCUCCCUCCCCAGGAUGUGCCAAAAAAUCAAGCAGGAGGCAGCCCCUUCUUGCACCAUUGCCCAGCCUCCUCCUGGCGCUAGCCAGCGAGCCCAGCAGCACGAGUUCCCCUUGGGGAGGCCGCUGCCCAGCAGGACUAACCCCUCCUUGGCUCCAGAGGAGAUGAUGAACAGCAGAGACUGCCAUCCUUCCUCCCAGGGGCUAAGUCACCUGUCAUUGCCCCCAGGCUACCACCCUGCCCCGGGCUACCCUCCUUUCCUGCCAGAACAGCUCCCGCCAAGUGCACUACAGUAUCAAGAGCUGAUGCCACCUGGGAGCUGUCUGCCAGAAGAAACUAAGCCAAAGAGGGGACGUAGGUCGUGGCCCAGGAAAAGGACCGCCACGCACACCUGCGACUAUGCGGGUUGCGGCAAAACCUACACCAAGAGCUCUCAUCUCAAGGCACAUCUUAGGACCCACACAGGAGAAAAACCAUACCACUGUGAUUGGGAGGGCUGUGGAUGGAAAUUUGCCCGCUCCGAUGAACUUACCCGUCACUACAGGAAACACACCGGCCACCGCCCUUUUCAGUGUCAGAGAUGUGACAGAGCAUUUUCCAGGUCAGAUCACCUAGCCUUACAUAUGAAGAGGCACUUUUAAUCAGAAGCAGUGGAUCUUUCCCAUACUGCCAUAAGAGAUUCAGUAUUUACAGCAGACUGUCUUCCACACGAGGGAGAAGCCCAGCUAAAGCACUACAAGGAAUCAUGGUGAAGUCUUCCAAAGAGUGGAAAUAAAUAGAUAAUCAAAUGCAAAUGUUGGAACUCUUCUUUUUUUAAUUAUAAAUUAAAGAAAAACAUUGGGGUCAAUGACUGGAUCUUCUAUCAUUCCAUUUCUAAAUCCAACUUGAAUAUUUCUGGACUACAAAAUGCCAAGGAGUGACUGGAAGUCAAGGAUAUCAGGGUUAAAUAGACUGCUUGUUGGGUGGGAGGGGAGAUUACACAGGGAGAUUACAUUCCCUUAAAUCUUGUUUCAAUGCAAUAUGAGAUGUAAAUGUCAUCUUGUCUUUUUUUCCUUCUAAAAGCCAUUACUAUGUUAAAAGAGGAGGAAGAAAUUCAGGUACAGAAUUGUUUAAAAGCCUAUUUCAUGGUGCUUAGUGACUGUUGGUUCUAAAGGUACCAAAAACAGGAAGCCAAAGUUCUCAAACUGCUGCAUAUAUGACAAGGAAAUAUUUUUGUCUUCCGAUCUACAAUUAUGACCUAAGUCAGGUAAAUAAACCUGAUUUAUUUCUUUUCUUUUUUUUCUUAAGAAAAAAACUUUAUGCAGACAGUCUGUAAUGCACUGUGGUUUCAAUGUGCAAUAAUUUGUACAAUGGCUUAUUCCCAAAUAUGCCUUAAGCAGAACAAAUGUUUUCUAUAUAGUUCUUUACAUAAUAAAUAUGUAAUAUAAAUUUAAACAAACGUCUAUUUUGUAUAUUUGUAAACUACAAAGUAAAAAUGAACAUUUUGUUGGAGUUCGUAUUUUGCAUAUUCAAGUUGAAAAUAAGUUUUAA